AUGUACUUCUCUACCGUUACUAUUAUCUUGGGCCUUGUUGCCUCGACUUUGGCUGCGCCGACGAGCCACACGACUACGAACACCAAGCGCGCGCUGCAGUCGGGGAUGAAGUACGCGGACUUCCAGAUCUCGGACGGAAAGGCCGGGGACGCACUGAACGAAGCGCUGCAAAAGUUUCCCAUUGACAUGAACAACUUGGCUUCGGUCUCCGACUCCGAUCACGAAAUAAUCAAGAACGCGCGCGAGAUCGCCGAGUCUGCCGAGGCAGACGAGGGUGGGUUCAACGACGCUAUCGACCAGGCUGGCGAGGACAGCAGUGAGGGCGAGGCGCUGCAGGUCGGAAAGAUCAAGAACAAGGUGCUCAAGCUGGCGCUUGAGAGCAUGGAUUUGAUGAUCAAGCAGGCGCAGGGUGAUGAUGAUGGCGAUGUCCAGGAGAAGCUAGACAAGGAGAUGAAGAAGCUAAAGACGAAUGUGCAGGAGGAUCAGGAUUCGAAGGGAAAGACGAGCAAGGCUAUUGACUUUGAUGCUGGAACUGCGUAA